UUAAUGGUCUGACGGAGCUUGCUGCGCUGCGCCCCGGUACAACUACACACACCGGUGGUGACUCGUCACUCCGCGCAGAAAGAUGGCUGCGGUGGCGCGGACCCCAGUCGGGGAAGGGAUUCGGAUAGUUGUCCUGUGUGUGUUUUGGUACACGGUGAGCUCCGGGGGCAACGUAAUUAACAAAAUAAUCCUCAACGGAUUCCCGUAUCCCGUCACGGUCUCUCUGUUCCACAUCAUCUCUGUUGUCGUCUUCCUCCCGCCGCUGUUGAGGGCAUGGGGAGUCCCCAAAACUGAACUGCCGACCAGGUACUACCGGUGGUACAUCCUCCCGUUGGCUUUCGGAAAAUACUUCGCGUCCGUUUCGGCUCACUUCAGCAUAUGGAAGGUGCCCGUUUCGUAUGCACACACAGUCAAAGCCACAAUGCCGAUAUGGGUGGUGCUGCUGUCGAGAAUUAUAAUGAGGGAGAAGCAAACUACAAAGGUCUACGUGUCGCUGAUCCCGAUCAUCGGCGGCGUGCUGCUGGCCACCGUCACCGAGCUUUCCUUUGACGUUUCAGGAUUAAUCAGCGCCCUCGCCGCCACGCUCUGCUUCUCCCUGCAGAACAUCUUCUCCAAAAAGGUGCUGCGUGACACAGGUGUGCAUCACCUGAGGCUCCUGAACGUCCUGGGCUUCAACGCCAUGUUCUUCAUGGUUCCCACCUGGGUUCUGGUGGAUUUCUCUGUGUUUCUUGUGAACGGGGAUCUGUCGGAUAUUUCGGAACGGACCGGCACCCUCUUCCUCCUCCUCAUCAGCGGCUUCUGUAAUUUUGCCCAGAACGUCAUCGCUUUCAGUAUUCUGAACCUCGUCAGCCCUCUCAGCUACGCCGUCGCCAACGCCACCAAGAGGAUUAUGGUCAUCAGUAUAUCUUUGCUGAUGUUGCGCAACCCGGUCACGCUCACCAACGUGCUGGGAAUGAUGACGGCCAUUCUCGGGGUCUUCCUCUACAACAAGGCUAAGUACGACGCCAACAAGCAGAAGAAGAAGCUGCCCACCAGCACGCAGGACCUGCUGUCCUUUGACAACCCGGUGCUGGAGAAGACGCAGGCGAACGGGUCGGGGCCUUUCUACGGCUCCGAACAGCAGCAGAACUGGAACAACGUUCUGACCGACCAUUUCCAGUACAGCCGGCAGGCCUACACGGCAAACCACAGCAGCAACCACCAGUUCGUGGUGUAACGGAGGCGCUCGGGCCUCGCAGCAGCGGGUUCCCUCUCCCGCUCCGGACUGAGACUGAAGGCAAGUGCUCUUUGUCCAGGAUUUAAAAAAAAAAAAAAAAAGAGAGAGAGAGAGACGAGCCGAUUGUGACGUGCCAGAGGCCAGAGAAGUUUCCUCUCCCGCGUCCCUCCAUGUCUGGACGGCAUGUUUUUUUUACAGCCUUGCUGCUCGUUUUUAUUUAUUAAAAUGCUGAAACAAAAUCAGCAGCUUCAGACAUUUUGACGAGAGAUCGAGCCGCAAUAUUCAGACACAACAAUGUGCCGCAGUUUGAAAACGUCUAGUUUGUCUUCCACAAGUAGCCGCUGGUUGUCGUUAGAAAGAGAGAUGCAGCGAUCCGUCUCUAAAAAAAUGACAAUUAUUCCCAACAGAUGAGUCAGAUGAGUUUCUAACUCAUCUGAUUUCUACUAAACUCAAAAAAGUGCAUAAUAACAUAUAUACAGUUGGGAGUUCAUAGUUUUGAUUCAUUUUCUCAGAGCUGAUGAAGGAAAAUAGACGUAGCUAAUCCCUGUCAGAUUGAUCAUCUCUAAUCUGGAAAACUUUCACCCAACACCUGAAAUCCGUCAUGUUGCAUCUCUAACCAACUUGGAUUUUUAUCUUUAGGGUUGUCGUUUUUCUUCUUGAGGCAUUUGUUUUAUGAGGAGAAACAAACCGUCUUCAGUGAAUAUUCCUUAAAAAAUGGAGGCAGAUUAUAUUUUAGCGUUGACUCUUGUUAUGAUUUAAGCUAAGCUACGUUUACGUUGCUGAAAUGAGCCGUGUACAGUCCAGUUUGGAUUCACACGUUUCCAAACGUACAGGAACAUUUAAGGUGUUUUUGGUCUAAAGGUGGGUUUUAGUUUCCUGGUUUAAAGUCUUGUUUUCAACAGAUGAUGCUUUUCUCUUCUCUCCCCUAAUUCCUGGCUCAGCUGUUUACCUGUUCAGGUCAAAAAGAAAGAAGCCAGGUGUGAAUUUCAGUUCAUCUGUUGUUUAGAAACAGACGUUUUAGUUUCUGAUCAUUUUUGUGGGGUAUUUUUUGUUCUUUAUAAACAUGCCUUUAGGAAAAUACUAAAGUGUGGUCAAAAAAUAUUUUCUAAAUAAUGUGGAGCGUUUAGAGGAAAGCGUAUCUUUAACAAACUUUAGUUUCUGAAAGGCUGAAGGUACGAGACGUAAACUCCAUUUGAUUUAUGCCUCCAGCGUCAUUCAUGCAAGUGCCUGAUGAAGAAAAAUAACUAAAAAUAAAACAAGGUGUUCUGUUUGUUUUUCAUUGUCUCUGGGCAAACGUUGAUGCUUGUAAAUAUUCCCACAACCAGAAUAGUUUGAGCUGCAUUUUAAAUAAGAAUCAAAACCCUGCUGAUCGAUCACAAAGGGAUGCUUGGGAACGCAGCGCGUUUACAGCUUUAAGUGGAGAGUGAGGCCAAAGGUCAGUGACCUCUCACCCAUCUGUCCUGUCCCCCUGUUGAGCAAAGAUGUCACAACUUGUUGUCCAGAUGUGUCGUCGUAAAACGUAGAUCACCGGUUUCUAGAAAGGCCCUGUGAUGUGCCUUUUGGUUUAGCAAACGUAAAGAAUGAAAACAAAAUUUUAACGGUUAUGGAUGCAGAAAAUAAUUUAAAGUAUUACCGCGUUUCUUUUUUAUAUUUUAUUGGAGUUUGUUAACACCAGUUGGACUUAUUUUUCUUUAAACCCUGAACUAAAGCUGCUUUGGGAUGUCUUAUGUUACUUAAUCUUUUUUUUUCCUACAGUAAUCUGCGUCAAUUUUGCACAUUUCAAAACAACAAUGUGAUUUUUGUUUAUUGAAAUUAGUGCAGAUAUUAGUCACCAAAAGGACUCGCCAUCCAUAAAAAAUGAAAAUGAAUUGCUUUCUAAAUUAAUCUGUGCAGGUGGAUCUUAAUAAAUUAAACUAUUAUAAAACGUUUCUGAAUUGAGUUUUUAAUUGGUCUAAUUUUCUAAAAUAUUGAAUUUUGGGUUUUAGUGGAAAACCAAAAUCUACUCAAUUAGCCAAAAUGAUUCUGCAUGUAAUGAAUCUUUACCUAGGUCGAGCUUUGUUUGUUAAAAUGAAAUAUUGUUUUAUAUUUUUAAUUUAUUGACAUUCACCUGUAAUAUCGAUCAUUCUUAAGGACUGCAGUGUCAGGACAGCUGAUGUUUCAUAAAAGGUGCAGACAUUUUUUAUUUUAGAUUUUUGCAGAUUUUUCUGUAUUGUUUCCUCAGAUAUUUGUUUUCAUUUAUUCUUCAGGUUUGUUACAUGAAUGGCAUUUAACAGACUGAAGUGGAAAGAAGCAUUCAGUAAGGAUUUAUGGGUAAUGUAGUUCUUACAAGCUGUUUAGAAAAACUAAAUAUUGGCACAGAAACGCCAGGAGGGGAAAAAAUCUAUCUGUAAUGGCAUUUCUGUUUAUGUUUCACAUUUGAGCCAAUGUUUUGUUCAAUUUACUAAAAUCCUAAUUGUUUAAAAUUAAAGCAUAGACUUUCAGAGCAUCAAAAAACAUGUCUGAAUUGAUUCGUAAUCUGACCAAAUUAGCAUUUAUGACUUCAAAGAAUUGAACCAGGAAAUAAUUAAAUAUUCACCUCAUCAAGCUGUUGUACUUCAGUGUCCUACAUGUUUUGAUUUGCCAGAUUUCCUCUUUAUUGAAAAUUUACUUUUAGCUCCUCAACACAAAAUACCUCCAGCUUUCUGUCUUUGCAACAAUUUCACCUUUUUCAGGAUCAGUAAUAAAUCAGUUCUACAAUGCAGAACACAUAAUCUAGUCAUAAAGAUGUGGUUAAUUAUGUCCAGAGAGAGCUAGAAUGUAAGUUUCACAAAAUAUUAUUAUACAACAGUUUAAUAAUGUCAAAAUUGGGUGAUUAGUCUGACCAAACUCAACAAAACCUAAGAGUGUUCAUCAUUUACCAAAUUGUAAAUGUUUAUCCAAAAUGUUUGGAUGUGAAGAAGGUAUUGGAUUCAUUUGAAAGAAACGACUCUGAAUACGACGGCAAAAUGCUGAUUAGUUUAUUUUCUUCAUGUUUCUUUGUGUUUUUAACAUUUUGUGUUGGUGCAUCACAGAAUGAAGGCCUUGAUUGCAGGUUGCUGAGAUGUAAAAAGACUGUAUUGUUAUUUUCUUCAUGUAUAUAAACCUACAUGGAAAAUGUAAAAGCAUUUUUUGGUGCGCUGUAAAGCUUUUUUCACUGGGCUGUAAAGGAUAAAGAGUAAUAAGGGGAUAUCUCUUUGUAAAAGUUGUAUACUGAUUAUUUUUGUUGUCUUUAAUGGAUCUCGAAAUAGCAUUUGUAUGUAAACUAUGUUUAUAGAUUUUUAUUUAUGGUGUCAUGGUACAAACUGUACAGACGUGCAGCAAUGCACAGUCUUGUCUGCUUAUGUUUGGUAAAUAUUUUUAAAUGUUGGGGAGAAUAAAUCAAUUCUGAAAUACUAAAAA